AUGGCAUCCCUCUUGCGCUCCGCACGAGUAUCACGAACCUCCAUACCAGGAUGUGUCCGCAGUCUGGCUACACAGUCGAAUUCACCGGCUUCACGAGGCGUUUUCAGUCAGACACUGGCCCAGGGACCAUCCUUGGAUGACUUCAUUGUUGGAGACGCACCCGAUAAGGUUGUGCUUGGAAACACAAGCGCUCCACGGCUGCCUUCGUAUCUGAAGACGUCGAUUCCCAAAGGAGCAUCAUUCAGUAGCAUCAAGAAAGACCUUAGAGGCCUUGGUCUUCAUACCGUAUGCGAAGAAGCUCGUUGUCCAAAUAUCGGAGAUUGCUGGGGUGGUAAAGAGGGUGCAACACCCGAAGAGGGUAAACGAGCAGCUACUGCAACUAUCAUGUUGAUGGGUGACACAUGUACGCGUGGUUGUCGGUUCUGCUCAGUGAAGACGUCUCGCACACCGCCUCCACUUGACCCGCAUGAACCUGAGAACACCGCUGAGGCCAUCAGUCGAUGGGGACUUGGUUACAUCGUUCUGACUAGCGUGGACCGCGAUGACCUUGCUGACUCUGGGGCUCAUCAUUUCGCGGAGACAAUACGAAAGAUUAAGCAAAAGGCUCCCCAAAUUCUUGUCGAAGCCCUCACAGGUGAUAUGGGAGGGAACCUUGACCAUGUCUCAGUUGUCGCAAGAUCCGGUCUGGAUGUUUAUGCACACAACGUAGAGACCGUCGAGGCGUUAACCCCCUUUGUGCGAGAUCGAAGAGCGACCUUCAGGCAAAGUCUGAAAGUCUUGGAGCGCGCAAAGGCAGAAGGUGUUCGGGUGACUAAGACAAGUAUUAUGCUCGGGGUUGGCGAGAAUGAAGAGCAACUCAUAGAUGCCUUACGAGAGCUCCGCAAGGUCGAUGUUGAUGUUGUUACAUUUGGUCAAUACAUGCGUCCGACGAAGCGGCACAUGAAAGUCGACCGUUACGUCGAACCUGCAGAAUUUGAUCGUUGGAAACAGGUUGCUGAGGAUAUGGGAUUCUUGUACGUUGCGAGCGGACCAUUAGUGAGAAGUAGCUACAAGGCUGGAGAAUACUUCAUAGAGAAUGUUCUCCGAGGGAAAGGUGCUGAGAAGCAGACUCAGAAGCUACUCGCUCAGGAGGAUGCAAUGGUAGGAGCCAAGCUUGAUGCUUGA